GCUGUGCAGAAGAGUGUGAAAACGGAGGAGAAGAAAGAGGGUGGGGAGGGGGAGGGGAAUGGGCAGGAGGAUGGGAAGCGGAAUAGGAAGGAUAAUGGUGGUGAGGGCGAGGGCGAGGGUGAGGUGAGGAGGAGGAGGAGGGAGAGGGAUAUGGAUAGUGAGGAGCAGGAGCGCGGGGAGUGGGAGAGCUAUGAGGAGGGAGACGAGGGAGAGGGAGGAGAAUCGGAGGGAGAUGAUGCGGACUGAGAAGGCCGGGGAAGACUCGGUUAGCGAUGGUACUUCGAAUGAGAGCAGGGAGCCAGAGAAGAGGAAGAAGCGGGAGCUUGUCACUGCGGUUAGGUCGACAGGUUGGGCUCCAAUCCGAAUCCCGUUCCGCCGCCGACUUCAGACCGCCGCGGUACUCUGGCACACAUUCUCGAUCCUCAUCUGCUUCAGCACGUUCUGGUUCGUGCUUGCAAUCCCGCUCAGCUGGCCAAUCCUAGUGCCGUACCUGAUCUACAUCUUCUUCCUCGCCAACAACCAUGCCGACGGUUCCGCACCUUACAAGCGCUCCGAGUUCCUGCGGAACCUCCCCAUUUGGCGCCUGUACACGGAGUACUUCCCGAUCCGUCUCCACCGCACUGUCGAGCUGGAUCCGAAAAGGAAUUACAUUUUGGCCUAUCAGCCACACGGCAUCAUCUCGCAUGGCGCGUUCGGGAAUUUCUGUACGGAGGCUACGGGGUUCAAGCAGUUGUUUCCUGGAAUCAAGAACACUCUCCUCACCCUCGAACAGAGCUUCACUAUCCCCUUCAACCGCGAGUACCUCCUCGCAAUGGGCCUGGCGAGUGUCUCCAAGAAAUCAUGUGAAGCCCUGCUGCGAGGUGAUGGUAUUCCGAAGAAGAAAGCCGGAAGGAGGCUGUUCCACCCGACUACUUGGUUCUCGGGUGCCACGAAUGAGGAAGAUGCGAAGGUCCCCGAGGGUGGUAGGGCGAUUACCAUUGUAAUCGGCGGCGCUAGGGAAAGCCUUGAGGCCCAGCCCGGGACUAUGAAGCUUGUGUUGAAGAAGCGGAGGGGAUUCCUUAAGCUCGCUAUCCGUGAAGGCGCUGGCGUUGUUCCGGUGUUGAGCUUUGGAGAGAAUGAUCUAUACGAGCAAGUCGUCCCCCGCGCAGACGGCUGGAUCCACCGUAUGCAGAUCGCUGUCAAGAAAACUUUGGGCUUCACGGUCCCGCUCAUCCACGCGCGCGGAGUCUUCAACUACGACGUGGGACUGCUCCCCUACCGACACGAAAUCAACACUGUUGUUGGUGCUCCAAUCUUCCCUCGGCGAAAAACCUCGGAGCCCACAGAUGAGGAAGUGGUUGAGUUCCAGCAGCGUUACAUCGACGAGCUGCGGCGCAUGUGGGAUGAGUGGAAGGAUGUGUUCGCUGAUGACCGACGCAGUGGCGCGGAUGGAGAGUUGGAGAUUAUCGAGUAGAUUAUGUAUAUUUUGUGUGGCUUUCUGUGGCUUUCUGGGGGGGGCUGAUGUACCUCGCGUGGAGACCGGGACACAUCUGUUUCGAGUUUUUUGAUGUACUUCCAUGACUUUGACUGACUGUACGAACUGUACGAAUGGACGAUAUGCGCGCAGUUUCAGAACGGUUUCAGGGUUCUGCCGCGUAAUGCAACGAGAGCUCGGUGCAAGUGAAGUGAAGUA